AUGCCUUUUACCACCUGCUCUCUGUCUCCCCCUGCAGGCCGGGCUGUGCGUUCCUUCCAUGUGUUCCUGGUGAAUAGCUCCUGUGUGUCUGUGUCCUGGUCUGUCCUGGAGAGCAGCUCUGUGCCUCAGUCUCUGGUUUUACAGUGGACUCACUCACACCCAGAGAACCACAAAAGCUCCGUAACAUGGAGGAGGCUGAGCUACACUGACCCACCUGUACACAUACGAGGGGACUUCUUCGGUUCAGAGGAGUACGAUUUCUAUUUGUAUCCUGUGUUUGCGGACGGGGAAGGACAGCCAGUUCACACUCGAGCAGUGAGGAGGGAGCCUCGUGCCUUCAUGCUCCUUCUGAUCAUCUCCUUUCUGUCUGUUGUGCUGUUGGUCACUUUGGUCCUCUCCCAAAACCAAAUGAAGAAAAUUGUGUGGAAAGACGUGCCCAACCCGAACAACUGCUCCUGGGCCAAGGGAGUUGACUUCAGAAAGUUGGACAUGGGCAGCACAAAUGACUACGUAGAGAUGGACUCAUUUGACCACCUCCUCAGAGCUCCAGAUACCCUCCCAGCUUGGCCUCUACUCCUGCCCGCCGAAAGCAUUUCUACUGUGGUCAUCGUGGACAAGACCGACCCCUUAGCUCUGGUCCAACCUCCGCUGAACCCCGCUAUGUCUGAUAUCGCGUUGAAUUUUGAUCCACCAGACAAUGAGAAACUACUGUCCGAAGAGUCAAUGGAUAAUGUUUUAAACUCAGAAAUUACUACUUCAGUUUCCUCAGAAAUUUUGGACGCUACUAAAGACGAUUCUGCGCAGUGUUCGGUUAAUUACGCAACGGUGGUUUCUGACCCUAAACUGAAGCAGCUCUUCCAGGACGGCAGUGGUUGUAGCUCUUGUGAUGAAGGUAAUUUCUCUGCUAACAAUUCAGAUAUUUCAGAUUCUUCCCAUGGUGCAUUGUGGGAGCUGGAGAGUUGUAAAACAGGCGAUUCGGACCAACGCCAUUCUGGUUCUUACAACUCAGUAGAAGAAAUUUCCGAAUCAUCCGAUCAAGAAGAUGACAAUAAACAAGAAACAGACUUGUACUAUUUGACUCUGAAUGGAGAAGAUAGUGAAGAGGCGGAAGAGGAAACUCAAAAUACCCUCUUAAAAAGCAUAAUUUUAAGUAAAGAAAACUGUUCCAUACCUUUGCUUGAUGCUGAGGAGGACUCAAAUGAGAAAACUGAGCUGCUCUCUGCUGCCCCUUGUGGCAUGACUCCGCUCUAUCUGCCACAGUUCAGGACUGCUCCCUGAAAUCAUAAAUAAGCCCCAACUGUGAAAGCAUAAAAGUGAACUGUGUGCCAUCAAAAUACAUUGUGUAGGUGAGCAUUUACCAAAGCACAAUUUCCAUAAAAAGUGAAUGAAAAUAAUACCUCUGAUUAUGUAUUAUGAUGCUAUGGAUUUUCAUCAGUGCUGCUUUUGUGAUUUGAAAUGAGGGAGGAAAGGAACAGGGCUCAUUUAGGAGGCAUUUCUUUAUGAAGUGAUUUACAAAAUGGUUUGAUACUACAAAAGUUUCAAUUUAUUGGUUGAACUUCCGCCACCUGCUUGUCUCCAUUGAGAUGUUAUUGCUUUGCCUGGAAUGUUCCACAGUAUGGCAUUAAACUUAUAUCAGUUUAUUUCUAUCAGUGUCGCUAAAAAGGCUUUAAAUACAUGCAUACUUUCCAUAGAUCAUACCUGCUUGUCUCCAUGGUGAUAGAUAAGUUUAAUGCCAUAUUGAAUUGUGUGUUAAAAGUUGUGAAUCCCAAACUUUAUUGUGUAAACUUGCAGAACUUUAAAAAAAAUAAUAAAAAAAAUCCACAGAUCUGACCUGUAACGUAGCCUGGAAAAGGAUCCACCACCUGCUUUUCUUCAUGAAAAUGUUACGGCACUUCUUUGACUGUCUCCAUGGAGAUAUGCAGAAAUAUUCUUCAGUGUUGCUUUAAGUACAAUGUGCCACAAAGCUCCUGUGACUGUGCCAAAAGAUUGUGUUCAGAAACCAUAGAAUUAUACAAAGUCUUUAGUUUAAAAAUAAAGCUGGAUGACAGGUCAGAUUUCUAUGGUGGAAUUUUCAGAUUUUCAGUUUUAACUGUACAGUACAGAUGUAAUUACUUCAAAAAUGAAAAUGUGUUACUGAUUGUUAUGUUUAUCAUUUGCUUUACAUUUACAGAAUAUAUUUGUGUAUUGAUACUUUGCAGUGACAUCAUGCUGGGGGUGUUUAUAAUGUAUUUCUAAUAGCAGUUUCCACGGUUAAGAUAAUCUGAAAACUCAAGAAAAAAUACAAAAUGGAUAGUGUUCUUGGUCCUGUUUGAGUGUUUGAUUUGUUACAAGAAUGGUGAGAGUGAGUGUGUAAGUUUAGGUGUGAGAGACUUGUUUUACAGCACAAAUCAGCUCAUCUGCUCUAGUUCCAAGCAAAUCUGUUAUGUCUGGUCAGACUGUGUUCAAAUGAAGCUCAGAUGAAGUCUAACUUGACUAACAGAGCUUCAAACAGAGUAGUGCUUUCAGGUAGCUCCACACCCCCAGAGAAUCUUGAUGUAGCUGCAAAGUAUUAAUGCUUUCAGAACUUGACUGUGAUGUGAUGUUUCAAACUGACAGUUGAGUAUUUUAAACCAAGAGAAACAGGGGAUAUGUUUUUUUAAAUUUUUUUUUUAAGUUUACAGGAGUUUAUUAAAGAGCUUACUUAUGCUGCAGACGUUUUGCACAGUCGUUAAACCAUGAGAUGUUUAGGGAAACUGCGAAUUCUCAGUUGUGUUUUUGUAGCUAUUGUAUUUACAUUUUUGUAGCUACUGUAGUCCAUGCUUCAACAUCUGCAUGACUCAACUCAUCAGCCCAAAGAACGUAUCUGUGGUGUACGUUUGGUGAAAUAUUUAAGAAAUAAUUGGUCUGAUUUGAUGUUUUUUGACUCGUGUUCUGGUGUUUAACAGGGACAGAUGAAUGUAUAGACUGUAUAGGACAGACAAGUCAAGAAAACAAAGCUAUGGAAAGGUUUAUUGUAAAAUGAAAUUGUAUUUUUAAUGUUGAAAUAAAGUAUUUAUUGUGAAUCUG